AAUUCGAUUUGACAAACCAAUUAUAAAAAAUUCGCACUUUCCUACUCAUGCCAUAUUGGGUUCUAAAUGACAGACAAAAAAAUUCAAGAAUUAUAUAUUUAAAAUGGUCUAUAUUAUUAGAUGAUAGACUCGAUAAGUUAUUUGGGAUUUAUAUGAAGAUAAAAAUUGGAAGCACAUACUUUUUCAACUCAUAAAAACACGACAGGCCACUGCUAUAUUCCCCCCGUAACUGGGUAAACUAAAAGAGCAAUAUUUUUCAAAAUUCUGUUUUAAAAACCCCCAAAAAUUGUAACCUGUUGUUGAUUUAUAUCUCCUCUAACUACUUGCAUCAGAAAAGGCACUAAAAUAGUUGUGAGCCACGAGAAAAUCAGUCCUUAAAACAAGCAAUUUUCCAUACUGAACCCUAUUGCAGCUAGCCUGAGCCUGGAACUCAGGCUAUAUCGCAGCUCACUUUUUUCCACUAUUUAAAAUGGCGGAAGUAAACAAAUUUGCCUCACUCGGCAGUAGGCAGCAUGACCCGAGUUGACAUCUAGCGCCUUCGGCACUUUUUUACACGGGAUCUGGUCCAGAUCGGAUUUCAAAAGUAUUCGGAUAGCGGAUCCAAAAGUAUACGGAUCCACCACCGUGUAAAGGCAAGGCCGUACUCUUCGUGUAAUUAAUUGAUUUGCUGAAAAAAAUGUUUUGAGUUUUGAGUUUGAGUAUCUGGAAAAAAAAAUUUCAAGGACAAGUGACACACUUUUCACCCUAUCUUUUCUUUUCAUUAACUUAUAGAUCAUCUUUUAGAAGUACGUCUUUCCUGGUUUAGAACAAAAAUUCUAAUCAGGGGGCGCAGGGGGCGCAAAGGGCGCAGGGGGCGCGAUUUUGCUUUUUAUCACGUGACCCUAUGACGUACAUUGUGAUAACUCGGAAUCUUCCUGUAAUUAAAAGAGAGUUUGCGAAUCACGAUGCGACAGGUCAAGACGAACUGAAUUCGUUUAAAAGUGUGUUGUAAACGUUAAUAUUGCACUGUAUACCAGUAGCAGCAAUAACAAAUUAUCACAAUCUAUGUCACGGCGUCACGUGAUUCAUUUCCCGCCAUAAUUUGAAAAGGGUUUCUAAGUAGGAAAAUGAAAUCAGAAAGAAAAAAUAUUUCAACAACACUCUCAUACAACAUUUUACUUUAAGUUAAAAGAAAAAAAACUUUUUUUUAUCGCAUAAACGAGGUCUGAGAGUCGAUCGCAAGUAAUUCGAGCCCAGUCUACUUGAGGGUGCAAGCCGAGCGAUUCGCAGUGAACGGCACUCGCUUUAAAAUUUCGAGAAGGAAAAUGCCUGGAGCAAACUGUUCCGUUGUUGGCUGCAACUCGAACCGGAGAAACUGUACAUUGGCUAUAUUUAAAGUUCCGUCUGGCAACGACGAAUUCAACAAAAAAUGGAGAAAAGAGCUCGUAAAUGUCGUAACGAAAUACCGUAUUGUUGACGCAGGCCUUAAGAAACAAAUAGAGAACUGCAACGUCAGGAUAUGCGAGAAACAUUUCAGUGAAUGUCAGCUGAAUUACUAUGCAGGGAGAACUACCAUGAAACCUGGUGUUAUACCCACACUCAAUAUGCCAAUGAAAAGCGUUCCAAGCGAGAAAAAGCAAGAGGAACGAAAAUCAUCACUAUCUGUUAUUGAAAAAAGAAAUAUGUUGCCAGAACCAUUGCCACCUCCUCCAUCUUUGUGUUAUAAGUCUUUCUGUGAAUUCAAGGAAAGAAUAAAAAAGCUGAAAUUGAAAAAAUGGCUGAUCGAAGAAGAGGAUACUUUUCUGUGCAUAUCCUAUACUGAUGACGCACACAUAAUACCAAAGUAUGAAUUGUAUGCUGCUUCAAACCUUUCUUAUAUAUUGAGAGUGUUUGGCUGGAAGAUACCAAAUAGCCAUGAAAUAUAUGAGGACUACCAGACUUCAUUUGAAAAUGUCACUUUAUCACAGCUAAUAAAGAGAAUUGAAGAAGAGACAAUUUGCAGUGGUAUUCUAAAGCCAGAAUUGGUGGAUAUUUAUUCGUUUCAGAAACACAGUAUCCCAAGGAAGUUCAAUCCUAUGGAACUAUGUGCAAGCCCACUUUCACAGACUGUAUUUUACAGAGCUUUUGACUGCACAAUUUUAUCACAGGACCAACAGCAAUGUAAGCGCUGUUUAUCUUUGGAGGCUAGGGAAAUCAAAAGAUUGAAAAGGAAAAGGGACAAAUUAAAAGUACCGGCAAAACUGAAUGCCCCAAUUAGUCAUACUUCAUCUGAAAGGAUAAAGGCCACACUGCAGAGUUACCGUCUUGAAAACAAACAAUUGAAGGCACAAAUUGAAGAAAUGAAUGUAAAUGAGUUAAAUGUGUAAGCAAAGAGUGAUUUUAGGAAUAACUUAGAUGAAACAUGACCACAGGCAAGGAAGGCAGAAGUGUUGGAGUUCAUUUUGAGUGAACCCCAACACUCUAGAAUCAUUAAGAAGUUGUAUCCAACAUUAUAUGUAGUCUCAAAACAAUUUUUCUUUUCUGCUACCUAUUUAAUGAGUUUAAAAUUUUCUGCCAGUAUUCCAUUAAAUAGGACAUGACCUAAUUAAGAAAUCUCAAUUUCAUUUGAGUUUGCAACUUAAGGUGUUAGUAAUUUCAAAGGUAUUAAAUCCUUUGCUUUAAUAACUCUUGAUAGAAGUUACCUUUACCUAGUAUUAUGGCAUUAACUUAAAUAAUAUUUUGGCAAUAUAGAUCAAGCUUUCUAAAUGUCACCAUACCGUAUUUUCUCUUGUAUUCCCACAUCUCUACUAUUCCUGCCUCUCUCAUAAUCCUAUCUUUUCUCUAUAUUUUGAAAAUUAAUCGUGCCUCUCAGAUUGCCCCGCAUGCAGGUUUGAUUUAAGAAAUAAAUCAAUGGUUUGCAAAUGUGAUUGGAGCCUUGAAUGGUUUGAGGACAUAUCCAGUCUCUCUGAUAAUCCUGCAUUUCUUGUAAUCCCACAUUGAAUAAGGAGAUUGGAUCAAACUUUCCACAGCAGAAAUACGAGAGAAUAUGGUAUUUGUUUUGAGUCUUUUUUAACAUAUUUUGUAAAAAGUUUAAACAUUGAAUUAUAUGUAUAUGUUUCUAGGCACUAAAAAAGGUUACAUUUCUUCUUAUUUACUUUUUUGAUAUAAUGCAUUGAAAGAACAAAGUAAAAUAAUACUUGAAAGACUUUAGAAAGAAUUAAACCUUAUUUUUACAAUGUAAAUUAGAGUAAAUGAUAAACAAAGAAAUGAAUUCAUAUAUUGCAUAAGCUCAAUUUUUUGACUUUGUUGGUAUAUUUUUUUAAAAAGAGAAUAUUUUUUGUCAACUCUUAAAGUUUUCUAGAAACCCAGUUCCCCAGGUUUGAUACCCAUACUUUUUGCAGCCUUUAUCACAAAUACUUCAAUAAGUGGUAAAAAGUCCAUGUGGCUCAAGGAUUUUUUCUUGAAGCACUCUGAGGAGUGUUCUUAGCUCAAUUCAAAGAUGCCUGCCAAACUUUACAAAAUCUGAACAGGAAAAGGUGCUCCAAUAAUUAACAUUAAAUAUAAGGAGCCAAGGCCUCUAUUUGGCUCAAGGGAUCAGUCAGGAUAACACUCACUCAAUUUUAACUAGCGAGCUUUUGAUUGUUCAGAAAAUGCUAAAGUAGCUGGAAUAGUUCUCUUUAAUUUUUGAAGAGAAUCACAGAAAGUAACUUUAAAUUUAUUUGAAAUGUCUCAUUAGGUAAAACAUUUCUAGUCGUCAUCUCCUGCCAUUAAAGCCAGUGACAUGGAUGAUAUCAAGCCAACAUUUCAAAACACAGAAAGCAACAGUAAGCUUGUAUUUAUUCAUUCAUAUUUAAUCAUAUCUAUUGAUCGGUAAUCUGUACCAUGAGCAAUCACUUACAAAAAAGAUGCACAAUUGGAAAUAAGAACAAACAUUUUACAAAUUAAAACUGCAUUUAAAAUGUCACUAGAAAUCGUUUUUAUGAACACAGUUGAAAACAUCUAGCUUCUAGUUAAAGUGAUUACUGGGGUUUAACUGUCAGAAUCAUAAUGAAUCCUAUCAAAGAAGUUAAUUUGGCUUGCAUUGAUCACAUUCUCUUAGAGAACUUCAAUCUCAAAAUAUCAGUGAUUUUCUUAAUGUAUGAUUUCCGCCAGUUUGUAACCAAAAUAUUUGAUGUAAUGAUUAUAAUGUCGACAAUGAGGAAAUGAUGCUUGUUUCCAUUAACAACUUGACCCUUUAUUCAGGAAGGCUGUAACUUUUGUGGACAGACAAAAAGAAAUAGCAUUCAGUUUGACCAGAUAAGAAAAAAGCUAAAACUUGAAACCAAUCAAAUUCAACAUCUAUAAGUUUGACUUUUUAAAGUUCUUCUUCAUUAUAUUAAUCACAUCAGAUUCCAACUCGGUUGAAAAAUUCUCUCCCUUGUCCUUUCUGAUUGCAUUAUCUAUGUUUCCAGAUUUUUUUGGAGCUUCAAGACAAAGUCUCUUACUUCAAGACAAAUACUUAUAAGUCUCUUUUUGCAAAUAAAUAUCAACAGCUCCUAUUAUUAUAGCACUUCUUUCCAUGACUGUCCAGUCUGUUGUUCCAUUACUGUCUCAUCACUUAUUAUCAAAUUGUUGUUCCUGCUUAUGAGUAACUGAUGUUUGCUGUGGGUGUCACAAGGGUUUACAGAACAAUGCACUUUGAAGAAAAUUUGUCGCAGAUGACAGAAAUUUGGCAAUCCCCAGAGGGAUAGAAAAGAAAUAGAAGAAAGAAAUAAUGCGAUAAAUCCUUUUAUUGCUUGAUUUCCAAGGAAUAAGCUGAGGUCUAUUGGGCCUUGUAAAGUAAUGAAUUCCAUUUGAAGGCUGGAAUUAAUCAAACAUACUAAAAGCAUGCCUUAAAAAUAGCAAAAAUUUUUAAAUUAUUGCAAGAAAAUGACUGCAAGAAAUAUUCUGAACUGCAUUUCAAGCUAAUCUUAAAGAACAUGGUCGCAAAAAAAUUUUUUCUUUUAGAUACUCCUAGACCCUUCAAAAACCUCUCGUC